UUCUCCUUCUUUUUGAUCCAUGUUCUGUGAAUGGUUACAUGAAUCUUCUCCAUUUUUCGCUUCCAACGCUGCCACAAAAAAGGCCAUUGCUGCCGCCAAACUUCUACUCAAUUAUGGCGGCUAAUACUCUUAAACCCUAACCCCCAAUCUCCAAUUUUCCCACGUUUAUUUUCCCUCACUUUCCCGAGAAAACACAAGAAAAAACAGUAAAAAGAAAAUUCCGAUGGCCACCGGACUCGCCCUCAGAUUCAGAUCCCGCCUCCUCCAUACCACCUCACUCCUCCACUCCUCCCUUCUCCACACGCGCCACCCUACCGCCGCCAAUCUCUCGCCGUCUCUCGCAGCUGCCUCCUUCAUCCGUUCCAUCGACUCACCUUCCGCCCUCCCCUUCGCUUUCUCUAUCCACCGGCGUCUCCUCUCCACGGCGGCUCGUCGCUCGGCAUCUCGACCAAAGAAAACGGUUGACAUCGGCGCGCGAGCCAGGCAGAUGCAGACACGGCGCCUGUGGACCUACGCCCUAACGUUCGGAUGCAUGGCAGGGUUCAUCGUGAUCGUUCUGAACAACUUCCAGGACCAGUUAGUGUUCUACGUUACUCCAUCGGAAGCUCUCGAAAAGUACGCUCAGAACCCUACGAAGACGAAGUUCCGAUUGGGAGGUUUGGUCCUGGAAGGCAGCGUCGUGCAGCCUGCAUCUUCUGCAGAGAUGGAAUUCGUGGUCUCCGAUCUGAUCACCGAUAUUCUUGUCCGGUACCAGGGUUCGCUUCCCGAUCUCUUCAGGGAAGGUCACUCUGUGGUGGUGGAAGGGUUCGUGAAGCCGUUCACCGAUGAGAUCAGGAAGCAGGUGUCAGCCAAGAGCGUCUCCGGAAAGGCAAGGAGCGGAGACUGCUAUUUUUCCGCCACGGAGGUUUUAGCAAAGCACGACGAGAAGUAUAUGCCUAAGGAGGUUGCGGCGGCUAUUGAGAAGAACAAGAAGAUCAUUGAGGAGGCUGCAGUGAAAGAAGCGGAAUCGGCGGCAGAGGCUGCAGUGGCAGCAAAGAGCUCUUAGGUGGAUGGUGAUGGGGCUGCUUCUCUCUGCCUAAUUUUUGAUAUAGUUCCCUGAUAUUAGAAGCAUGAAACUGACAUCUUAAUUCCUAUUUUUCUGUAGAGUUUCAAUUGCAACAAAUAUAUUGUUCUUUCUACAGACUACAGUUUAUGUUGUGAACAUGUAACUGAAGUAUGGAACCGAACAAUUGUGUUGAUUACUUUUGGCCGUAAUAAACAUUCUCACAUUUGAAUAUGAAAUGCAAGUUGAGGAUCUUUCUUUAUCACAUUUUUGUUUGAACAUCUAGACCUGCGAACAUAGUAUUAUUAGUUUUAAACUUUUAAUUACUCUGAAAGUUCUGAGUGUUUGCACAAAGUACUUGCUAGUAUCUUACAUAGCAUGUGCUUCGGUGCUUGUAUAAUUGGUAAAACAAUUGAUAUAUGUAGUGAGUACUUGUUUGGUUUAAGUUAUUACUUUCAUAUUUUGUGACCCUUUUAAGAGCACCGCUUAUAGAACGGGAAAGGAAAAAGUAGACACAGAACAACCCAUCACAUAAUACAUGUACAAAUUUCUCUUCUUGUCCACAAUAGAUUAGAUAGGAUGAAUUGAAUUAGACCCUAACCAAUAAUUAGGGACGAAGAAUAAGAUAAUACAAUCAAGUAAUCAACAUAAUAAAUAAACAACAAAUAUUGCAGCCCAUUUAAAAUUUAACCAAAAAAAUAAAGAUGCAGGGAAAAUUUAGUGGCGGAGAAGGGCAAGGAAAGAGAGGAUCAACGUGGAGCAAACAAAUGUAGCAGAAUAUGUGACCAUAGAUCCAGCUCCAGCGUCCAUGGGUGCUGGAGCCGGCGCUUCGCCGCUCUGUGCCCUCACUGCAUCAGCAAACAUAAGUGCCACGAUGAAGACCAUGAAGAACACUGCUCUGCUAAUGCGUGCCAUUUAGAUGCAAAGAAGAAAGGGAACAGGUAUACUUGAAGCUUAUAAGCUUUAGAAUAGCUAGGGAGGUGGAGAAAUUAUCUUGUAUGUGUUGAGAAAUGCAAUAACUCUUUGGCUUAUUUAUAGCCUUCACUAAUCACUCCACAUUAUUGCGGGUAAUCAUUGUUAUGACUUAUUAGAUAAAUGAAUAAUUUUUAAGCUAA